ACAACACAACCACACAUUCAGAGAUAGAAAAAGAGAGCCCUCUAUGACUCUCUACCAGCUUCCGGGUAACUCUCAUAACGUUUUUUGUGCGCGGCACGGUCACACGUUCAGAGAUUCAAGUAAGAAAUUUUAAUCAAAAAAGAGGAAAAAAUGGGAAAAAGUAAAAGAAAACGUGAGCGAGAGGAAGAAAGAGAAGAACGGGAAAAGAUUUGGAAGAAGUUAAAAGGAUUAGAAUCGCUUUUACAUAAAAUUACAGGGACAAUAGUAAGCGAGCAAAACCACUCUGCUAACGAACAAUCUUCGAAUUCAGAGAGUGCAAGCGAGGGAAAUGGUACUGGAGAUCAGCUAAUCAAUAAUCCAGCCGAUAGCUUACCGACCCACCCUGAACCGCAAGAUAAUUCAAAUCUCACGCGACAGGGUACGCUAAUGGACACUGAGGAAAGAAAUAUGGCGGAAACAGAGAAGGUCGAUUCAUCAACCGAGGUAGAUGAGGAGACUCAACAUAUUUUAGGAAAGGACCCAAGACUUAAAAAUACAAAUAUAGCUUCAAUACACCCAGAAGUUGCAGCGAGAUGGUCGUCAUGGAUUCCAGAGGGUCUUGAAAAAGAGAUCAAGGAGAAUCUCAUUGCAGCUUAUCCACGAGCUGAAAACGUUCUGUUAGAACCCCAGAUUCUGAAUGAAGAAGUCGCCGUAAUAAUGCAACCAGCGGCAAAGAAGCGAGAUGAACAUGCUGUCGAAACACAGAAAUCAUUAGGUUCAGCUAUGAUAGCCCUAGGCCUGGGGAUUUCCUUAAUAUUGAAGGAAAAGGUCAUUAAAGAUGAGCACAGGAAUCUGUUGUUAGAAUAUGUAAGUGACGCAGGGAUGCUAAUGGCUGAAACUCAUCAUCAAAUGGCUAUUAACAGAAGAGCAUUUAUUCUGCCAGGAUUAGAAAAAUCCAGGAAAGAUGCUCUCGAAAGAUGUCAACUCGACAAAUAUCUGUUUGGUGAAAAAUUAGCGGAAAAAAUCCAAACAACGAAAACAAUUGAAAAGGCGGCUUCCGAACUUAAGCCUAAGCAAAUAAUGAAAAAAUUUCCCUCGAAAUCACAGAAUCAUUUAAACUGGAAGAACCCAUCUUCGAAGAAUCUGGGAUAUUCGAGGAUGGGACAGAAGAUGUACAAUCCCCAAACUCAGAGAAUGACGUCCAAGAGAGACUCGAGAUAUGCGAGCUCUCACAGCAGAACCAAAACAACUCACCGGUCAUCGGAUCGUCGUCACAAAUAGAGAUCAUUAAAUCAUCCCUUGCAUCAAAAAAUGUUUUUGAUUGUCGGCAAGCUAUCCGGACAGCGUUCGAAAAAAGAGGACUUCCGUCAUCAGCCGUAGAGAUUGUAAUACUAUCGCUUGCAGAAGGAACAAUAAAACAAUAUGCUGGUCCAAUAAAAGAAUGGUUUGGAUUUUGCGAAGAAAAGAAGCAAGAUCCAUAUAAUAUCACAGAAAAUAAUUUAUUAGAAUUUUUAUCUCACAAGUUUCAAGCAGGAGCAGCUUAUGGCUCCCUAAAUUCAAUGAGAGCAGCAAUAUCCCUAUUAUCAGAAAAAAGCCUAUCAUCUAGUCUAUUAUUAAAUAGAUUUUUCAAAGGUGUCUAUCGAAAUCGUCCUC